AUGGCACAGAUAGAAUUACUCGAAGUGAAACGAAAGUUUGAUGCCUUGAGAGUUGUGGAGACAGAGAAAAAAAUGAUGGUUGCCUUGUUGCAGAGAAAGGAUGAAGACUUAAAAACUCUGAAAUGCUUGCUUGAAAAUGAAAGGAAAGAAAAAAUGACUAUAAUUAAUGAAAAGGAACAUUUUGAAAAAGAAAAAGCAGAAGAAGUAGAAAGAAUUAAUAAAGAAAAUCUUAGAUUAAAAGCUGAGCUUGACAAAUUAAAUGAGAGAAUAAAAUCUAAUCAGUUUGGAGCAGCAGAGCAGUACAAUCGGCUGCAACUUGAAGUUGACAGAUGGCGAGAGGAAUGCAUUCAGUUACACAGUAUUCUAGCAGAGCAAACUGAAGGUUUGAAGAAUGUUGCUAGUAUCAACUAUGGAAGUCAUGUACACUUAAAAAAUGAGGUUGUGGAGCUAGUACUGGCAUUUGAAGCACAGAAGAAGAUAAACAGGCAGCUGGAAGAUGAAUUGCACCAAGAGAAAAAUAAGUGGCAAGCAGAAAGAAAACAACUCCAACAAGAAAAUGAGAAACUCAGAGAGGAGAAUGAUAAUCAGCACAAGCUUUUGUCUCCAAGUUUAACUAAAAGCCCACAAACUCAAACUGAAGCUUUUAUGCAACAUGAAAUUAUAAGAGUGACUUCAGGAAAGCUGACUGAAGGUGUUCAAUUGGUUCUCAUGCUCCACCAGAAGGUAAAAGAACUGGAAAAAGAAACAAUCAAGUUGCAGAAACAAAUGGAAGAGGUAGAGAAAGAAAAAGAUAGUCCAUGUGGUGAUACAGCAUUUACACAUGUUGGUUUUAGAGUAUGA